CCCCCUCCUCCUUUUGAGUUCCUGCCGGGGCAACAAGGAACUUUUUGUCAGUUUCACACAAAAAAGUGCACGUCGUAGUGAUUGUGAGGAGUUUAGACCGACUGCCAUGGCUCCAUUCGGGAAGAAUUUCCUGAAAGCUCGUCUGAAAAACAGGACCAAAGACAGCGAGCCCAUCACUGGGAAGGAGAUCCAGGUGACAGUGUGCAAUGAGGAGAAGGUCGUCUGUGGCGUGACCAAGCACACCACCUGUGCCGAUAUGAUUCAGGCAUUACUAGAGGAUCACAGAUCUGUCCCGGAGAGCAAGCGGCUCCUGCACGGAGAGCCCAAAGACUUCUAUCUGGUGGAGCGCUACAAAGGUUUCGAGAGGGUGUUGCCGCCACUCAGCAGGAUCCUGAGGCUGUGGUACGCCUGGGGGGAAGAGAGACCCUUCAUCCAGUUCGUCCUGGUCAAAAGCAGCGAUGUUGUGCCCCAGCGGGCUGUGAAGGCUACAAAGAACCGGACCAGAUACACCAGGAAUCCUCAGACUCUUCCUGUGGAGAAGCAGAAACGAGUAGUGAGGAAGGCCUUCCGGAAGCUAGAGAAACUCCACAAGGAGAGCACGACGCCCGCCGGCACUGAGGAAAUUGAUCGCAUGGUCCAGCUCAUCCUUAACCAGGAUCAAACUAUUCAGGAGCAGAUCCAGCGCAUGGGGGAUCUAGAGGCGGAGAUCCAGCAGCUUCAAGGGCAGCAAGACCACCAUGACAAGUCAGAACCUUGUUGUUUGAACUUGGAAGAGCUUGAUCAGCUACUGCAAGCUAGCGAUGAUGUCCAGCAGCUGGAGUUACAGGUCCAGAGGCAGCAGGCGCUCUUAGAGCAGCUCUGUCGCGAAAUAGAUGCCGAGCAAAGGAUGGUGGCGGGCGGUGAGCAGGAGGGAGCGUCAGCCACUCCCUGGACACCAUCCGAGGCCGAUGAGUCAUUCCUUGCCGAGCUGGAAAGGAUGCAGGCGGAGCUGAGGCGGAGCUACUUGGCCGGCGUGUCACUCCAUAGCCAGGCGGCCGAGGUAGACAAGCAGCUCCGCUGCUCUGAGGCCACCUGGCUCUCCAGGGACCAGGAAUGCUGGCAGCUAGCCUCUCAACUCAGAUUGCUGCAAAUGAGCGACGCCGCUCAGGAAGCCACUGCCAGUGAUGCGGGGGUGAAAAUGGAGGCCAUCGCGGUCAAACACGUCUCAUCCCCCAUUGACAUGACCGAUACAGACUCGGACACCGGCAUCAGCUCCACGCACAGCCAGGACUCGCUAUCGCCUGGCUCGGACUUCCCUCCACCAUUGGACACAGACGUCUAAAGGAUGUUUGGACAGGGAUGUCUAAAGAUGUCUGGACAUGGACAUCUAAAGAUGUCUGGACACAAAUUUCUAAAAGAUGUUUCCACCACUGCACACAGAUGUGUGAAAGAUUUCUAGACACAGAUUUGUUAAUGAUGUCCGGACACUGAUGUCUAAAGAUGUCUGUACAUGGACAUCAGAAGAUGUCUGGCCACGGACAUGUAAUGAUGUCUGGAAAUGGUCAUCCAAAGGAAGUUUCUACCACUAGACAAAGACCAGACCUCUAAAGAAAAAUCUCUAUCAUGAGACACGGACCUCUAAAAGAUGUCCUAUCACUGGAAAUGGAAGUAUAAAAGAUUUCAACACUACUGAACACCUAUGUCUACACUAAUGGACUAGUAGGUCUAAAUUAUGUUGGGACACGGAUGUCUAAAGAAGUCUGGAGAAAGGUGUCUAAAGGAUAUCUAGACAUGGAUGUCUAAAGGAUGUUUCCACCACUGGACACAGACCAGACUCCAAAGGAUAUCUCUACCACUGGACACAGAUGUCUCAAGGAUAUCUUCACCACUGAGCAUGAAUGCCUGCACUACUCGACAUGGGUGUCUGAGAAAUGAUAAAUGGACUGCACUUAUAUAGGAGACUUCCAGCAGGUUCGAAAAAGACUAACUUUUGUAAAAAGUCGACUCAAGACUCUCACCUUGUACUCCCAACUCAAAUCCGGCACGGGUCGAUUUUUGAAUAUCCAUCACAAAUUUGAAAACAGCAUCAGGCAAACUGUGCAUUUGAGCCAUUAGUAACACAACCUGGUUAUCCAUCCAGUGCUUAUCCUGUUCAGAGUGGCUGGUGAGCUGGAGGACAUCCCGGCUGACUCCAUCCUGGAUUGAUCAAUCACAAGGGUACAUAUAAAGACAGACAACCAAGUCAGGCAAACACCAGUACUACACUAUCAGUGAUCCUAGUACUGCAAUCCAUCUAUCAAUCCAUUUUGUACUGUUUAUCCUUUUCUGGGUCAGAGCCGGAGCUGGAGUCUAUACCAACCUGGAUUAGUUGCCAUUCAUUCACAGGGCAAAUAGAAAGACAGAUGAAUAACUCCAACGAAUGAACCGCUCCACCAUCAGUGACCCUUGUACUGCACCAUUUUCUACAGUUUAUCCUAUUCAGGAUCACAGUUGAGCUGGACAAGCGAGAGACGUGGUUACACGCUGGCCUGGUCUCCAGUCAACCACAAGUGUAGAACCCGACCUGCACAAAUAAGAUAUGUGAGCCUUCCUGAAACAGGCCAUAACCUACAUGAACACUACACAACAAAAACUCUUGUUGUCUGCUAUAUUAAUAGAUACUUUGGUCACACUUUAAUCAUGCUUAUUUCCGCGUUUUGCACCAAUCAUCCAGAUGUUGCCAUUAGGGACCUACAGGACACUUUGAAUUUACUUAACUACUGCAAACAUCAACCCAGCAGGGCUGAAUAUAAUUUCACACUUUUUUUUAAAAGCCAUAUUGCACUUAAUAAUGUCUUAACAGUGUUUUAUAUUAAAACUCACUAAGAUGUAUGUAUGUAUGUAUGUGUGUGUGUGUGUGUGUGUGUGAGUGUGCAUAGUAUAUAUAUAUAUAUAUAUAUACAUAAAACAGAGAUUUUUAUAUACUGGAUUGUUCACUAUUGCCACAAUUGUACAUAUGCAUCUUGUUUAUAUCUAUAUUGUGUCAGUAAGGUUAAAAUGCUAUGCUUGUACAAAGAUUAUAUAUUUAUUUAUCCUGCAAUUGUAAUCCACACAAUGAAGUUGAAAUGUGCAUUUAAACUUUCAUAAUAAACAGAUAAAAAUGUGACACAAA